UAUAAACACUUUAAACGUGCCAGUUGUUGACCUUCCACUAUUGAUGUUCGAAGUCCAAAAAAAAGAAAAGAAAAUGGCAGCCCGACUGAAAACUCUAUUUGGACACAUUCAGGAACAUAAGACACCAACUGACGUCUCAACAGUCUUAACCCAUGCUAGUCCAUACACUGUAUCUUAUAAGUAUACUCUGAAUUCACCAAGGUUAACAGAAAAACAGAGACAGUUCUAUGAAGAUUAUGGGUAUCUGGUCAUCAAAAAACUUGUUCCUGAGUACAGUUUGCAGAAAUAUAGAGAAAGAUUUGAACAGAUAUGUAAGAAGGAAGUUGUAGUACCUGGUUUGACCAUCAUGAGGGACGUUGCUAUUUCAAAAGAUGAGUUUGUACCAGGACAAAAGGCAGUAACCAAAAUCCAGAACUUUCAGUUAGAUGAGGAAUUGUUUGAGUAUUGUAAAUUGCCAGAGGUGUUGGAUUAUGUAGAAGCUAUUGUUGGAAGCAAUAUCAAGGCCAUCCAUACUAUGUUGAUUAACAAACCCCCAGACCCAGGAAGGAAAACCUCCAGACAUCCAAUGCAUCAGGAUCUGCAUUACUUCCCAAUGAAACCAGCAGAGAAGAUAGUAUGUUCCUGGACUGCAAUGCAAAAAGUUAAUCGCGAAAAUGGUUGCUUAGUUGUGCUUCCUGGUACACACAAGGGGAAAUUACUUAAGCAUGAUUAUCCUGAAUGGGAGGGUGGUGUUAAUAAAAUGUACCAUGGUGUGAGAGAUUAUGAUCCCAGCAUGCCCCGUUCACACCUUGAGAUGGAAGCUGGCGACACAGUUUUCUUUCAUCCUCUGUUGAUACAUGGAUCAGGAAUGAACAGGACAAAAGACUUUAGAAAGUCCAUUUCGUGCCAUUAUGCCAGCAGUGAAAUUGAAUUUGCAGAACAGGAUUCCCAGAGUACAAUAUCUGAGGAAUUACUUGAUUUGGUAUCUAAGAAGUUCAAGGUUCCCAGGGAAAGCAUUAAAUAUGAGGACAUAUGGAAAAUCAAAAGCCGUACUGUUAAAGGACGUUCUGAUUGGUAAAGUGAUAGUUACAUUUUCUAAAGCAUUAGUCUAAAUAAUACAUGUGAUACAUGUUGGUGUGACUUUACUUUUUCCACAUACUUAUUAUUUGGACAUCAUAUAUUUAUGAUUUAGUUCUGAUAUAUUGUUGAAAUUACAUUUGAUUUGACUCGAAUGAAAUGAAAAAAACUUGAUUUAUAUGCUAAAUUGCUAGCUUUACUUUGAUUCAAGUAUGUAUAGAUUUUAUACAUUUGUAAAUUAGUAAUUUUUGUUGUAAAUUUUAAUUUAUUUAUGAUCAUUUGUAAUAUUGUUUUUUCUAUAAAAUGAAAAUAUGAUUGUUUUGAAAUGUUUUAAUCUAAACGUUUAAAUUUAUUUAUUCUGAAUAUUCUAUUGUACAAUGUAGAAAGGUUUAGGUUUUGGUAUUGAUAGUUGAGCUAACAGACAGAGUUUUUCAAAUCUUUUUUUUGUCUGAACUCCCAGCAAAAUACAUGAACACAUGUACCUUACUAAUUUUUAAAUUUAAUUUUCACUAAGAAAUUUGAUAUUUGCAAAUUAAGAAUUUUCUGUAGCUGCAUCAACAGUCUGAUAUUUUUUAUAAGCAGAAGAUUUAAAGGUACAAAAAAUGUAUAUUUUCAAGAUGAUGCCAAUUCAAUAUACCCAGUUUUACAACCAUAGUGAUACAAUACUAUAGGUUUUAUCAGAAGUCCUGGUUUUAUUCAAUUUAAUAUUUUAUUGAAAAACGAACAUCAGAGGUGUGAUCCAAUUAAAAAAUGUACAUUAUACAAAUAAACUGACUGUACAAACAAAUCUUAUCAGUUUACAUAUAUGGUAUGAAUAACAAAUAACUCAUGAUUUUAAC